UUUUGGCCAAAAGCUCUUAAAGUAAAAUAAUAACAAUAAUAAACUUAGCCUAGUUCUCAAAAUUUCAAAUUUCUCAUUCUUCUGUAUCUCUCCGCCAAUCCCCACCUUCUUCAAACAGUGUUGCUCUUGCCCCUUCAUUACCAAUCUCAACUACAUUCCUCGCAAGUUUCUUCUGUAUUAGAAAACCGAUGUCUCUAAUUUCCAUAAUCUAGCAUUUAGUACGCUGAUUCUAUAAUCCUUAAUUUAGCUUCCAUCCUUAAUCUCCAGCUGACGCUUGUUUCUCUUCUACACCUGACCUCACCUGCUUCCUCCCAAAUGGCCACUUCGGCGUUCAGGUCCACCACCAAGCGAACCCCCAUUGCGAAAUCCUCUGCUUCGUCCACUGAUGACUCCUCUUCUUCCAAUCGGAGCUCCUCUGCUCACCGCCGCUCUCGGAGCCUCAGCCGUUUCUCCCGGCCGUUGCCUCCGUCGGGGGAUGACUUAUCUGGCGACGCGCCCCUUCCAAGAGCGAGGUUCGUCAACAAUGUCAGGGGAUCGGGUUUCCCGGAUGUUACUCUCGAUGAUCUCGCUGUUCAGUUCUUCGGUUCUGCUGAUCGAGGCCGUUCUUAUUCGAGAAUUGAUGAUGUCAGCUCUGGGGAUAAAGUCAGUGUGUCGCAGAGAAGAGGGAGGUCCGUAUCGAGGCAUGGUUCGAGAGUUGGUGAAGGGAAAGCUAAUGGUCGAAAUGGCUAUGUCGGGGGACGGGUUAAUUUCGAUAAUAAUUCAAGGAGGCGGCGCUCUGUAUCUGUUGUCCGAUAUCAAAUUAGUGAUUCUGAGAGUGAUAUAGAUCAUUCUCAGAAUCCAAAAAAUCAUACUACUCUAAAGAGUCAUGGUGGUGGAAGCUGCCAGGUGGUAUUAUCAAAUAAGACAGCAAACCAUAAACAAGGACUUAGAAGGUCUCUUAGCCAAAAAGAUUUAAAGUAUCAGGAUGGCUACUCGAGCCACUCUUCAGUGCUAACGGAUGAUGAAUGGGGGGACUCUGAUCCCAAUGUAACUGGGAUCGGGAGAACAAUUCAAGCACUUUAUACACAAAAAGAGGCUAUGAGAAAACCAAAUACCUCUUUAGAAAGUGAUAACUGCAAGCAACCCAAAAAUUUUGAUGUUCUUCAGGGUGUUUCUACUACUAGAAGGAACUAUGCAACAAAAAUGAAACUGUCUGAGAGGCGUAAACAAGGUAUGCUGUCAGAAAUAUUGUUGGAGGAGCAGCAUAGGAGGGAACUUUCCAAGGCUGUGAAGGAAUUGCUUGGUGAUCCAAAUGACUAUAUUGUCAAAAAAUCACUACAGGCUAAGAAGAAGAGUAGUGACAGAAGCAGGAUGUCUAAUCAAUUGACUGAGGAGGCAGAGAGAUACAUCGAAGGUUUCAUUUCAAAUUUUGAAGAUACAGAUGUCUCAUCUUUGGAUGGGGAAAGGAGUGAUACAAGUUCAAGUUUAGGAGGAAUGUCAAAGAUGCUAACUUUCCAAAGUCCAGUAUUGUCCAAGUCCAUUCCUGUUGAAAUGGAUGGGAUUGUCCUGCCCUGGCUACAAUGGGAAACUUCUAAUGAUGCUUCUCCUUUAUCAAGCAAGACAUCGGAGUCAGUGGCAACUCCAACCACUAACUUAUGGGAAGCAACUCAGGACGCAACCCUUAUGCGAGAUUUAAGUAACCAUUCCAUAAGUAGUCGUGGGAGUUGGAGCUCAAGAGUUAUAGAUGGCCAUUCCUCAAACAUUGGUGAAGUUACAGGGAAUAGAUUUGCAGAAGUUGGAAGUUGCUAUAACCAAUUUUCAUCAGAUGGAACAAGGCCACAGCCUGAUGUUGAUGAUUAUCUUCAGCGUCGUAGAGAAGAAGCUUUUCUCUUUGAAAGAUGGAGUCAACAACAGAGAAUUCAAUCAGGCGGUCUUUUGCUUUGUAAUCAAAUGUUCUUUUAGUUGUAAUCCAAUUUUCCAAUUCGAAGUUCCACUAAUUUCUCUGUAUAGC